AUGAUAAACUUUGUUUUAUGCGAAAAUCUUUUGACAGAUUCAAAUUCUAUAUUUAAGAAUGCAUAUCCCAAUCAUUUAAUUGAAGUUUCAGCUAGUGGAUCAUCAUCACAAUACAUCAACGGGAGUAAACAACUCACAAAACCGGAAUACGCCUUUGAUCAAAUUGAUAAGAGGUAUGAUUGGUGUUCAAACUGUGGUCGUAAUCAAGAAGAACAUCCAUGGGCUAUUUAUUCUAUCAAAAACAAAAACAUCAAAAUCAGUGGUUAUUAUCUGAAAUCUGGAUGCUGUUAUUCCAAAGAAGGUUGUUGUUGUCUUGACGAUUUUUAUUGUUGUGAAUGUUGUAUGUAUAGUUGGUCAUUACAAAUCUCUAAUGACAACAAAACGUGGAAAACAGUUCAUAAAGUUGAGAAAGAUUUAGAGAUGCGACGGUGCAAAGAGAAAACAUAUAAAUUCAGUGAAACAUACCAUACUAAAUAUGUUCGUCUUAUCCAAGAUGAAUCAUGUCCUGGUGAUUAUCCAUGUAUUGCACUUAACAAGAUCGAACUUUUAGGUCAAAUCGAAACUGACGAUGGCAUUAUAAUUGAUGAUCACGAAAACGAAGACGACGAUUUCAGUAUUAUUGGACAUAUUUCAAAGAAUCGAAUAAACUAA